AUGGUCUCAAAUACGUUCCCUAAUCAGUGGAAGACUGCACUUAUUACACCAUUGCUAAAAGUUGAAUGUCCUAAUGAGUCAAAUGAUGUAAGGUCAAUAAGGAGCGGCGGCACUCUGGAGAUGGCCAACGAGAUGUAUCUGACGCUGUCUAAGAAAAUGUUCGGUAACACUUCCGUCAUCGGCGGUGAGCGCGUCCCGCCUGGUGUGGACGCAGUCGUACUACGACACGGCGGCGUGGGAGCGCCUGCUGCAGCACCACCUCGGCGCGCGCACGCUCUCGCGCUGCAACCGCACGCACGGGCCCAAGGUACCACUCAUCUAUCGACCGCUUCUGAGCCCGAGAGGACCCUCAAACGGCUGGCGCUAGUGUCGUGCGUGGUGAGCCCCGGGCGGCGCGUGUCGCCGUUCCUGUUCCGGUCGUACGCGGCGCCGUUCCGCGUCCGGUCGCAGUUCCCGGGCUCCAGUCGCGCCGCGCUGUGGCAGGCGGUGCGCGCCUCCGCCGCCGCGCCCACCUACUUCCACGAGUUCCGCCUGCACGGGCUGCUGCACCAGGACGGCGGCAUCGUGGUCAACAACCCCGCGGGCGUGGGGCUGCACGAGGCGCGGCUGCUGUACGGCGCGGGGGCCAUGGCCCGCGCCACGCUCGUCAGCGUGGGCACCGGCCGCCCCCUGCCCCCGCGGGCCGCCGCCCCCGACCCCGACCCCGACGCGCCCGACGCCCCCGAAGCCACCUCCUGGCGGGACAAGUUCGACAAGAUACUCGACUCCGCCACCGACACCGAAGGUCCGAAGGCCGUCCGCCUCGACGGUUCCGUCGGACGAUCGAUUCUAUCGCUCCAUCCCCGGGCGGAGCGAUAG